AAAUGUCGGACGUUGCCCGUGCGCCGAGCGUGCGCUGAGGUCAUUUCCUGUUUGUGCUCCCGUUGAGUCGCUAGACGGAGGCCUAUCCACGAUACCAUCACCACCACCGUAAUAUCUCUCACAGACCUACGGGACGUCCACGAAGAGGUUAUUAAAAGCCUUAAACGCGUCAAAUAAGUGUUGUGGGAUGAGUUUGGGCGACCGGGUUCGAGUUUCGGGCCAUUGAGGGGCUGGGUGUUGUUAUUUUUGGGGCAGCUGAGUGGUCAUUGGCAGAGCACAAAACACAGCAGCUCGCGAGAGGAUUAAACAUUUCACGUCUCUAAACACCCUUGAUUUACUCCACUUACAUGGGCUUUUGAGGAUUUUUUUUUACAUUUCAGGUAACCAACACAUCGCUGGAGAAUAAAAGUGGAGGUGAGUCUGGCUCUGCGAUACUGAACAUCUGCCUGACCCGAGACUCAACGCUCCCCCUCCCCCAACCUCCCUGCCACCCUGCCCUACGCCCCACACACCCCUAACCCAGCAUGAACGAGGUCAGCAUCGUCAGAGAGGGCUGGCUCCACAAGAGAGGUGAAUACAUUAAGACUUGGAGGCCCCGAUAUUUCAUCCUAAAGAGUGAUGGCUCUUUCAUCGGCUACAAGGAGAAGCCAGAUACGUCAGACCACAAUCAGCCGCCUCUCAAUAACUUUUCUGUUGCAGAGUGUCAGCUGAUGAAGACUGAACGACCUCGGCCAAACACGUUUGUCAUCCGCUGCUUGCAGUGGACCACUGUUAUUGAGCGCACCUUCCAUGUGGACAGCAAUGCUGAAAGAGAGGAGUGGAUACGUGCAAUCCAGGCUGUGGCCAAUGGGCUCAAGUCCCGGGAAGAGGAGGAGCCAAUGGACAUCAACUUUGGCUCCCCUGGCGACAACAGCUUGGAGGGGAUGGAGGCUGCCAUCGCAAAGUCCCGCACCAAAGUGACAAUGAGUGACUUUGACUACUUAAAGCUGCUGGGUAAAGGCACUUUUGGAAAGGUGAUUCUAGUAAGGGAAAAGGCUACUGGCAUGUACUAUGCCAUGAAGAUCCUACGCAAAGAGGUCAUCAUUGCUAAGGACGAGGUUGCACACACAAUCACAGAAAGCAGAGUGUUGCAGAACACACGGCAUCCGUUCCUUACAACACUAAAAUACGCCUUCCAGACACGAGAUCGAUUGUGUUUCGUCAUGGAGUACGCAAAUGGAGGCGAGCUGUUCUUCCACUUGUCUCGAGAGCGUGUGUUUACGGAGGAUAGAGCUCGCUUCUAUGGGGCUGAAAUUGUUUCAGCAUUGGAAUAUCUGCACUCUAAAGACGUCGUCUACAGGGACCUAAAGCUGGAGAAUCUGAUGCUGGACAAAGAUGGUCAUAUUAAAAUCACAGACUUUGGCCUGUGUAAAGAGGGCAUUACUAAUGAGGCCACCAUGAAGACAUUCUGUGGGACCCCAGAGUACCUUGCUCCUGAGGUAUUAGAAGACAAUGAUUACGGCCGUGCAGUGGAUUGGUGGGGUCUGGGAGUGGUCAUGUAUGAAAUGAUGUGUGGUCGGCUGCCGUUCUAUAACCAGGACCACGAACGUCUGUUUGAGCUCAUUUUAAUGGAGGAGAUUCGCUUCCCUAGAAACCUCUUGCCCGAGGCAAAGGCCUUGCUGGCCGGACUGCUCAAGAAAGACCCCAAACAGAGGCUUGGAGGAGGUCCUGAUGAUGCCAAAGAAGUGAUGACACACAAGUUCUUCAGUUCCAUGAACUGGCAAGAUGUCCUUCAAAAGAAGCUCAUGCCACCCUUCAAGCCGCAAGUGACCUCAGAGACAGACACACGCUACUUUGACGACGAGUUCACUGCACAGACCAUUACUGUCACGCCACCUGACCAAUAUGACAGUCUUGAUGCCGAGGACCCAGAUACACGCACACACUUCUCGCAAUUCUCCUACUCAGCCAGUGUGCGGGAGUGACCACCCCCCUCCCCACUUCUCUCACCCUUACCAGCAAACCGGACGCCCCUCACAUACACAAACGCAAACUCAUACAAGGACAUGUGCACCAGCAACCCAAGCCUACUGAGGAGUGGGUUCUAGGCGGGAGUACGGCAUCUGUGAACGAUCCUGAACAGGUGGGACCCUCUGGUCAGUCCUGGUUUCUGAUUGGCCUUUCAUCCAGCCAAUCGUAGCCUGACACUACACACUGCAACACAAUCUUAUCAAUCACUGAAUAAAUCUCAACCAAUCAGGUACCACAGCUCAGCACCAGCAGGUUUCAGGACACAUGCUCGCACUCAAAACGCUGGACUACGGGACUAAAGCCUCUUGUAAACACAAAUAUCGAAAACAUUUUAAAUCAUCUUGUGGGGACAAGAGAAAUCAAACUAUUUGGACUUAUUUCCCACUGAUUGUUACAGUUUUAAAGCCAUAUUUCUGCAGUUGUACAAGUGCUCUUUCUGGAACUAGCUGUUACCAAUAGUGUUUUUACAGCGGGAGGACCGAUGAUGGGGUAACACGGAAAGGAAUAGUGCUGUUUCUCUGCCUGGGUAGCGUACCGAAUGCUGUGCGUGUACGAACAUUGACGGAUGUGUGUUCUCAGUCUACAUCUUCAACUGUGUGUCUUUUUGUGUUUCGAUUUUGUACAUGGGCAUAAAGGAGUAGAACAGGGAGGGAUUGUUAGGGGUUUGGAGACCCACACACUAUAGAUGUGAAAAUGUGCUUUAAAGGGAAGAGAGAGAGAGGAAGACAGCUCUAGCGUGUUAACUGGUUUCCUCCACAACCAGGAACCUUGAAACUGGCUUUAUAGAGAGGCGUUUUUCCAGUUUUCAUCUGAAGCCCCAGAGGCUUGUUGUUCCAAGGUUACUGUAUCAUAGAAACUGUCCAUCAUGUUGUUUUCAUGCUCUCGAAAGUUUUGCAGGCAUUGACGUUCAAGUUUAGAGACAAACAUACAGGCAACAACCGUAAAAAACAAAACAAGAGAUUUGAAUGUCCUGUUAUUUAACUGCAAGAGCUACUGCAUCAGUUAAAGUAGCAAGCAGUGGAAACACGUACCUGCGUGCUACACCCUUGUUGACGCAGCCUUGACACUUUUUUCAUUUCUCCUUUUUUUUUUAAUAGUGUAGUCAGAAAAAAAAAUGGUUAGGAUGUUUGAGAGAAAAUGUUCAACUUCAUCUCCAGAUGUGUAACGUAGGUUAACGAAGCUGUCAGAACACACCGAUUAGAUGUGCGAGGUGUUUCUUUCUUUUGCCUUUUUAAAGAUGCUUCAUGUGUAAGGAACAUCAAACUAUUUUGUUUUUUGUUUUAUUCCUUAUUUUAUUUGGAUCAUUUUUUUUCUUCAUUCGCCAGCUCCCUGAAAUUAAAUUGUCUUGAUAAAAAAUAUAUAUAUAAAAAUAUAUAUUACAAUAGAAAAGUUUUUUUUGUUUGUUUCUUUUGUCCAUUUUUCCAUGUGUAGUUCAUUUGUGCAUGUGUGGGUGUGUAAUAAGGUAGUCACUGUAUAUAUUUGCAAGGGGAAAUGAAAAGCUUCCUUUCUUGAGAUCUGACGAUCUUUCGUGUUUAAACAUGAUAUACAUUACCAUCCCUCCUCCAUAAACUUACUCAUACAGAAAGGUCCUUACUGGUACCAACAGCAGGGCCGAACUGAAGUGCUUCUACGGGUCUUAAACACAUCAAGCCCAAAAGUUGCUGUCAUCUUUGGUAGUUGUUGGCAUCUCACUAGGUUUUGAAACAGCCCUUAUUGCCUUGACUGAGAGAGACCGCUAGAUGGUGCCAUUUGCCCGUGUCAUGAAAUAAUACAUUGCUCCGGACAUAACUUAACAUAUGCACACUCUAGUUCACACCAUUAAUGAUGCUCAAAUAUAGUUUUUAAAAGAAACUUUUGGGUGGAGACAUGAGAGGAAAAGAUCUAAAAUGGUCUGCUGUAGUGCUUUCACCCAUUUUUCUUAUGUGUAUAUACCUACUUGUAGGACAAAUCAGCUUUGAUUAUUUUGCAACUUUACCCAUCGACUGUUCUGUUCUGAAUGUGAUGAACAAUCACGAAUGUCAUCAUUGAUGCUCAGUUUGCUUUUUUUAGUGCAGGGGAUGCAAACAUUGGGGGAAACUUGGAAUAUUUCUGCAAACU